AUGUUUGGUAUAUUUAAUGGCCUUGCUCUUCACGGGAAAGAGGGUCUGGAAAGUGGAAUCUCAAGACCGGCACUCCUGUUGACAGUUGCCCGACUACCAGUUGUUGCCUUCUGGGUCUGGAUCAACCUGCUUCCUUUCGCCAUCGAUAAUCAACGGCAAGACGCGGCAAUUCUGGAGGACAAGCACAACAAGCCUUGGCGUUACCUGUACAACGAUCUGCGUCUGGCAGACCGGAGCUGGAUCAGCCGCAAUGUGAUCAACGCACUUGGGUUCUGCUGUUUCGCUUCUGGUGCAUUGGAAGUCACACUCGAUGCACCGAUCCAGGUUAUACCGCUGCCUACCGAAUAUCGACGUGUUAUCGAGUGGCUUGGCAUAAUUGCCGCCGUGGUCUUUUCCACGGUACAGACCCAGGAUAUGGCGGAUCAGGAAGGAGACCUCAAGCGCAACCAAAUCCAGCUCAAGAUGCCCAAGCCAGUUUUUGUUCUGCUCCACGGUGCCUGGCACACUCCCCGCUGCUGGGACCGGCUCAUUGCUCAGCUCGACGCUGCUGGCUAUGCCUCAGUUGCUCCGGCCCUGCCAUCUUCAGGAUCCAACCCACCUGUCCCAGACUGGUCCCAGGAUAUUGAGACCAUACGCAACACUGUUUCUAGCCUUAUUCAGGAGCAUGAUGUUGUUGUCGUUACCCACAGCUUUAGUGGUAUGACCGGCGGAACUGCACUGGAAGGUUUAGACAAAGAAGCGUCAUUAUCUAAGGGGUUGAAGGGUGGUGUUGUUAGAUUGGUGUAUAUUGCCGCUUUUCUUGUUCCUGAGGGAUUUCAACACUCACCAAAAGGCACUCGGGAUAACAUGGUGCCCCAGAUGAAGACCAAUCUUGAAACUGGGGUAAUCACUGUUGCUCCUGAGGAUGCGAAGGAUAUAUUCUAUCAGGAUCUCGAUGAUGCGACUGUUGCUGAGCUUGCAAAGGACUUGCAACCACAGAGCUUUGCUUCAUUUUGGAGCACAACUACCUAUGCUGCAUGGCGUAUAAUUCCCACAACUUAUAUCCUCUGUAUGGGCGACAAGCCCAGCACCGUAGCGGCCAUCGAGUACCUCAUUGAGACAGCGAAGGGGAGUGGGAAGCACAAGAUCGACAAUGUCAUCAGGCAUGAUGUUGGGCACUCUCCAUUUGUAAGCCAGCCUGAAUGGCUUGCUAAGGCGCUGAUCGAGGAGGCGAAUAGGGAGGCUUGA